GGAGGCACUGACUGAACAGAAGGUUACUGUAAGAGUGUCACAGGCAAGGAAUCCCAAGGUAGCCUUGUCUUCCCAGAAGAACCAUCCUUGUGACAGUUAUGGGUUAGUUUUGGGAAACAUUUUCCACUGGAUGGAGAGACAGGGCUCCCAACACGGACAGAUACCUUUGAGGUGUGGAUCGUGUGCAAAAUGGUUUUAUUUCAGUGCAAAAUUUCACCAGCAGCAUGUUAGAGAGAAGACUUUCAUUAGGGGUGUGGAAAGGAAUUCACUUGCAAACAGCUGCAAUUUCAAUGUGUCCCAGAAUCGUUUCACAUGCGAGGAGGUUGGGCAGGGUGUCCUUACAAGGUUAGGACAUCUCCACCUAAAGGCUACUCAGACUGGGGACAGUCCAAAUGCUAUUUCGACACAUGGGAUGACGUUUCAAAGAAACACUGCCAUUCAUUUUCAUCAGAGAGUUCACACAGGAGAAAAGCCUUAUAAAUGCAGUGAAUGUGAAACAUCUUUUAUAACUAACUCUCCCCUUCACAAUCAUCAGAGCGUUCAUACAGGAGAAAAGCCUUAUAAAUGCAGUGAAUGUGGGAAAUCUUUUACCUGCAGCACUGCCCUUUGUCAUCAUAAGAGAGUUCACACUGGAGAAAAGCCUUAUACAUGCAGUGAAUGUGGAAAGUCUUUUACCAGUCACCCUGCUCUCCAAUAUCAUCAGAGAGUUCACACAGGAGAAAAACCUUAUCAAUGCAGUGAAUGUGGGAAAACUUUUACCAGUAACUCUAAACUUCGUAGUCAUCAGAGACUUCAUACUGGAGAAAAGCCUUAUAAAUGCAAUGAAUGUGGAAAAUGUUUUACCACCAGCAAGUAUCUUCGUAGUCAUCAGAGACUUCAUACUGUAGAAAAGCCUUAUAAAUGCAAUGAAUGCGGAAAAUGUUUUACCACCAGCAAGUACCUUCGUAGUCAUCAGAGACUUCAUACUGUAGAAAAGCCUUAUAAAUGCAAUGAAUGCGGAAAAUGUUUUACCACCAGCAGGUACCUUCAUUGUCACCAGAGAGUUCAUACAGGAGAAAAGCCUUAUAAAUGCAGGGAAUGUGGAAAGUCUUUUCCAAAUAUCAGUGGUCUCCAGUAUCAUCAGAGAGUUCACACAGGAGAAAAGCCUUUUCAAUGCAGUGAAUGUGGGAAAUUGUUUACCUGGAACAGUGGUCUUCGUCGUCAUCAGAGAGUGCACACUGGAGAGAGGCCUUAUCACUGCAAUGAUUGUGGGAAAUCUUUUAUCACUAGCACUUUACUUCAUUCUCAUCAGAGAGUUCACACUGGAGAAAGGCCUUAUGAGUGCAGUGAAUGUGGAAAAUGUUUUUCCAGCAGCACCGAUCUUCGUAUUCAUCAGAGAGUUCAUACUGGAGAGAAGCCUUAUAAAUGCAAUGAAUGUGGAAAAUGUUUUACCACCAGCAAGUACCUUCGUAAUCAUCAGAGACUUCAUACUGGAGAAAAGCCUUAUAAAUGCAAUGAAUGUGGAAAAUGUUAUACCAGUAACUUUAACCUUCGUAGUCAUCAGAGACUUCAUACUGGAGAAAAGCCUUAUAAAUGCAAUGAAUGUGGAAAAUGUUUUACCACCAGCAAGUACCUUCGUAGUCAUCAGAGACUUCAUACUGGAGAAAGCCGUUAUAAGUGCAAUUAAUGUGAGAUACCUCUCAGCCAAAUUUGUAAAUUCCUUCUGCACGAAAGAGUCCAACUGUGAAAAAUUUCUUAGAUGUGUAGUAAAUAUAGUUUCUUAGUUAGG